CAAAACUUACCAUGGAGUCACCCACUGGUUUUUGCACUGCUGCCCUUCCCUCCUUAAUCUAUCCCCUUCACCUUUUUUUGAAAAAGGCAAUUAACUUCUGAGCGCAUGUGUCAAUUAUUCCUAUUAAGAUGACUGUUAUCUACAGGGCAAAAACCUCUGCCCUCCUGCCUCUGGAGGUGCCAAACUCAAUUACACGGUGCUGAUUGGAGAGACCCCGUGUGCCGUCACUGUGUCCGAGACACAGCUCCUCUGCGAGCCCCCCAACCUCACGGGGCAGCACAAGGUCAUGGUUCACGUGGGCGGGAUGGUGUUCUCUCCGGGCUCGGUGAGUGUCGUCUCAGACAGCUUGCUGACCCUGCCAGCCAUCGUCAGCAUCGCGGCGGGCGGCAGCCUCCUCCUCAUCAUCGUCAUCAUCGUCCUCAUCGCCUACAAGCGGAAGUCUCGAGAAAACGACCUCACGCUGAAGAGGCUCCAGAUGCAGAUGGACAACCUGGAGUCCCGUGUGGCCCUGGAGUGUAAGGAAGGUGCGUGGAGGCACUCUGUCUUUAGCGAACUUACUACCUCCCUCCUUACCAACAGCGCUCAUCUUUACUUCCAUCCUCCCCACCCCAGCCAUUGUGCUCCACUUUGA